AUGUCCCCUUCCUCUUCUAUUUUGCAGGUUAUGGCGCCACGGAAGAAAUCCACCUCUAUCCGACCUACGAUUCAAGUGUCCCUCUCCAGUUUGCCGAAGAUUUUGAAGCCCUCGUCACGACUCCUAUGCGAUUUUGGUAUUGCUUUGGGUAUGUACUCCAAACACGAUGUCGCCAAAAAGAGCUUUGUGGAGAGCGUGAUCAUAUUCCAUCUUGAUUUUCUCUCGGAUUUGAAUGAGGUAUGGCAUGAUUUAACUUCUAACACUGCCCCUUACAAUCUGAAAAUGUCAAAGUUCUCUUAUUUUAGGAGUCCGGCUUUGCAAUAUAUUCACUCUCUCAUUGCAUAUAGUUUUUUGGGUCGUAAAGACACAUCCAAUGUGGUCAAUAAGGCAGAACUUUUCUUUCUUUGGUGCAUGACAAAAAAAAUGAAAGUUAAUUUCGCAUAA